AUGUCGGCUGUCAAGUUUGAGUACCCGACUUAUAAGCUGUUCGAGCCUCAUUACCAUCCUCAGAGGCCAAUCAUAGUCGACGCCGACGCGCUCGAGUCACCGGAGACGGUGACGCUCCGAUACGAGGAAGAGGCUGCGGCGAGAGCGAACGGUGGAGACCUUCGUGGGGAUUCCCCGCCUGGUCUCCUGUCUAUGUCGGCAUACCCAAAGCCGCAACCGCCCCAGAUGCAUGCAUUUGAAUCAUCGAGGUCGUAUCCAGAUUCUCAGUAUCAAUAUUCAGCACAGCAGUUUGCUGCGCAACAGUCUGAAAAUGCGGCUGCACAGCUUAACCAGAUGGCCUUCGCUGCCAACAACUCGGCGAGCCAGUAUAUGACAUCGGUGGUGCCGACAUUGCUCUCGUAUCAACCAACGAGCGGCGUGUUUGGUACCAAGAUCCUGAUCAAGAUCUCAGCGCCGUACGAUUUGAUUGCCGUCACGAGCCAUUUCUUCCUGGCCUUCGGAGCCCACAAAGGCCCGGCACACGCCAUUCGGGACGCCGGUGAUGCCAGCGGGCUCGGCUACGUGGUCAGCGGAGACGCACCACAGCUCGAGGACACGAGGAAUCCGAGCGGCAGCGUGCCCUUAUCACUGCUAAUUGAGAGCUCCGACGGGCAGACACUGGCAACCAUCGACGUCGGCACGUUCACAUAUCACGACCCUCAAGUUGGGGCGGCGGAGGGUCCGCAUGAGGGUGUCACGCGCAAGGAGUCGAAAUCACCUGAGCAAAGACCGAGCCCACCCAAACCGGAGCCCGACCAACUCACCGACGCUGCUACAAAUAGCUAUGGCUACGCUCUGGCGUCCCAUCAGACUGUCGCUUCAAGUUAUGAUGCAGGUUAUAACAGCAACAACAGCAUGAUCGGCCCCUACCACCGCUCGUCGUACGCGGCCGAUUACCCGCGACCACCACUACUCAAAGCGCCGACAUGGAGUCCCUACGGGUCGUCCAUGACGCCUCGCAGUCCCACUGCCAUCCACCACGCAACGAUAACGCGCCCGAGCAUCACGACUCUGCCAAUGCCGACGUCGAGCGCACCGCAGCUGAUCCGGACCAGCACGAUACAAACGUCCGGAUCCUCCAGUGCCGCGCAGAUGAACCCGUAUGCCAUGUACUCGGCCAAGGCGAACCUCAAGAUCAACGGCGACCUGGAGACGAUGGCAAGCAACUGGACACAGGAGGAGUGGGAGAACCGCAGGCGCAUAGUCAUGUUCAAUAAGAAGCAGCAGGGCUCAACGCUGUCGACAAGCUUUAAGCCCGUCACCGUCAGUGAGAGGCCACCGAACAGCAUCUGCAUCAGCUGCAUAUACUGGGCGGAGAAGAACGAGUGUUAUGUGACCAGCGUCGACACCAUCUCGCUACUAGAGCAGCUCGUGGCGUCUCCGGCGAGAUUCACGGUGGAAGAGAAGAACCGGAUAAGGCGCAAUCUGGAAGGGUUCCGGCCCCUGACAGUCAGCAAGGCCAAGGCGGACAGCGAAGAGUUCUUCAAGAUCAUCAUGGCCUUUCCGAAUCCGAAGCCGCGCAAUAUCGAGAAGGACGUCAAGGUGUUUCCUUGGAAAGUACUGGCUACGGCGCUCAAGAAGAUCAUAUCGAAAUACUCCGCAUCGCCUUCUUCGCAGCUCCCUUCCGGGGGACCGACCAUGCUCACGCCCGUCAGCAGCACGAGCCCAGGCCUCUACGCAAUGCCUCAUACCCCAACAGUAUCCGACGGCGGGUAUUCCCACCACGACUCACACACGAUGGCGUCGCCGCGCUCGCUCUCGGGCGCUCCCCCCAGCUGGGCAGCCUACGCCGGACGCACCCUCUCCCCGAGUCUCAAGACCCAUUCACCGCAGGCAGGGAUCAGAAUACCUAGCAUACCUUCCUACGGGCAGGCAGACGCGAGGCAGCACUCGACACAUCACUACGGCAUGGCGCCGCAUAGCCAGCGGUGGGACUCGGCAGUCGCGAAUGGAUACGGCGAUGCGUCUGCGUCGCCUGCGUACACGAGCCACCACCAUCAACACCAGAGUCAUGUGUACGGCACUGGCGCGUAUGGCGACGCUGGUCACCGGGAUUAG